UACCCUGAAUUUCUGAAUGCAUUCUCACGUUUUGGGUGCUGUAAACGCGUUUUUUAACUGAUCAGUUUGUAAAAUUCUUUCUUCUAAUUAGUCCAUCAAAUGCUUCAAAGCAGAGAGAUUUUGAUUACAGCCUUUGUCGGGUGUGUUCUUCGUCUUGAAUCGAAUUUCUGAACCGUUAAACCGUGCAUAUGCAACACGUGAAAAAGAAGAUAGAACGGAGUACAUAGAGUACGUAGAAGUUAAAAAGACAAAUUGAUUGAUUGAAUUAAUUGACAAGAAAUUUUUCGACGGAAUUUUUCAACUUGAAAAAUGGCAAGAAGCAUAAAUCCUAUGGUGGACGGUUUUAAGAUUGGGGAUUUGAUGAAUGAUAAUGGAAUUAUGUUUGAAAUUGAAGAUGAUAUUAUUAAAAAUGAGGAGGAUGAAGAAUUUUCGUAUUCUUCACAUGUACAAUUUAGCAAUGAAGAAAUGUUAAAUAUGUUAAACAUGAAUGAUUUCGAAGAUGAAGACGAGGAUGUGAAAGAAACUGCAUCACUCUAUGGCAUAAGCUUUUCAAAACUGAAGACAAAGAUGACAAGCUUAACUACAAAUGGAAAAGUCAUGAAAUAUGUUAAACAGAAAGGUGUUGGAAAAAUUAUACCACCCAAUGCUCAAGCGAUUGUCCAUUAUGUUGGAUAUUUUGAAUACAGAGAUGAACCUUUUGAUUCUGCGUACUGUGUUGGGAAACCAAGAUCAUUACGUUUAGGCCAGAAUUGUAUUAUAUCGGGUUUAGAAAUUGGUAUACGUUCUAUGCAAAAGCACGAAAUAGCAGUAUUUUUGAUACAUCCUGAUUAUGCUUACAAGGCUAUUGGUUGUCCACCACGUAUUCCACCUAACGAGGAAGUGGUCUUUGUCGUUACUUUAGUUGAUUAUAUUGAUGAUGGCUAUGCACGAACAUAUCAAGAUCUUACCGAAGAGGAGAAACAAUUAUUUAAAUAUGUGUUACAGCCUGUGAAACAUAUGUUUAUGACUGCUAGAGACUAUUUUACAAAAUUUAACUACAAACAAGCGAUACGAGAAUAUACAAAAAUUAUUAAUCGUUUGGAAUCAGUCAAGUUAAAAGAUGAUUUAGAAGAAGAAGAAAUGAAUCAAUUACUCUCACAAGCUUACAUCAAUCUUGGAAUUUGUCAUAAUAAGGAAAACAUGCCUACUAAAGCUUGCUCAGCUUUAAGGAAAGUUCCAAAACCAACAGCUAAAAGCCAUUAUCAGCAUGGAAAAGCUUUGCUGAGUAUUGGAGUAUAUAAUGAAGCAAUGAAGGAGUUCCAGAAAGCUCAUGUGUUAGAACCGCACGAUGACUUUAUUAGAAAAGCAAUUCGGACAACAAAUGUGAAACAACGUGAGUAUCUGGAAAUAGAGAAACGCUUGUGGAAAAAUUGCUUCAGAUCCAAGGAUGAACAAAUGAAAGUAACUGAAUUUCGAAAAGCCGCCCGUGAUUUGUGUGAAAGACUUAUCAACAGUAACGAUGCAGUAAGGCAAAAUCUCUCAGAGGGUUUUACUAAAGAAGAAUGUGAUAUUAUACGCGAGGAAGCUGCUACAUUAGGAUUAAAUGUUGUUAUAUCUAACAGAUAUGAUAAAGAAACUAUAUUCCUUCAAAAGAACAAAUCAUAAAUUACAUUACUGUUGUUUAAAGUAUUUUUCCGAGGAAUUCUACAGAAUAAACUAUAAUAUUAACAAUCCAGUGAGAAAUGACAAUGAAUUCGACGUCAAUUCGAUGAUUUCGACAUCGAAUCGACAUCUAUGUCGAUUCCAUUGUCAUUUCUCACUCGGAAGGCUCCUACGAAUUCAAUAAUAUUGAUUUAUCUGGCUUCGAGCCGCGCUAGAUACUA